ACAUAAAGGGCGGGAUUAUGGGCUGGUCAAAGCAACCUCUCCAGCUGCUGUGGUUGGUCACCGUAGUGGCAAUAAUGACAAAGAAUAACUGUGCUGAGGUUGAAGAUGAAGGACUUGUUGAAAACUUAACCAACAAGCUUCUGACGGCUAUCCCUCCUAACAGCUGCAAUUCCUCUGUUACUAAACUGGUGAUGGAGGGGAAUCAGAUUACUCUCUCCAAAGAAGACAGACUAUCCCUGGCCAGUUAUUCCCAACUGAUGGAGCUCUACCUAGAUGCCAACAAGGUGGACAAAAUACAAGUCAUGUACUUCAUGGUUGUACCAAACCUCAGAGUGCUGUCACUGUCUAGGAACCAAAUCAACAGCCUAGAAGCCCAGGCCUUAUCUGGCCUUUCUGCCCUCAAGAUGAUGAACCUGUCCUACAACCUACUGACACGUCUCCCUGCUCAACUAUUCAGAGGGCUUAAUAAUCUACAGGUGGUGGACCUGCAGGGCAACCCGUGGAACUGUUCCUGUCCAUUUUUGAGCCACUUCGAAGAAAUAAGAGCAGCAGGAGUAACCAUCAGACGGCCAAAUACAAAAUGUGCUUCACCAGCGCAACAGACUGGAAUGGAUCUUUUUGAAGCGAUGGCUCAGUGCUAUCCAACAUCACUGCCCUCCUCAGCUGCGGAUGGGAUACACACAACCAGUGGCGUUCAACAAUCAAAGCUGGAAACCACAUUGCCAAAAACGAUGCUGACUUCCAGCCAGAACAACAACCAAAAGCCUGUUUCUGGAAACACGUGGAAAUUUACAGCAUGCGUUGCAGCCUUGGCGCUGACUACAUCUAUUCUCAUCGUGUGCGCCAUCAAAGGCCCCUCGUGGUAUCGGCUCUACCACAACUACAGGCAUCGACAUCUGCGCCAAGAAGAGAACGAAGACGGCCACGGAGCCUCCAGCAUUUACUCAGAGACUGGGAGAUACAUGAACCAUAAGACGUUCACCUUUGACCGUCAUGGGCCCGAGGAGGAAGAGGAUGUGCACUACUUUGAGGAUCCUUACAUAAAUGCAGAGGGCUAACCUAAAUACAGUGAAAUCUGUACAUACUACUCAGGGCACAUAUAUGACAACACAUUUAUGUCGACCAACUCAUCAAGUCCCAGUCCACAAUAUACUUUUUAAUACUAAAAAGUGUCUGCUUAAGUUGACAUUAGCAUACAACUUUCCAUGUUGACAUGUGUUGCAUGUAGUAUUUUUGUAAUAUCAUCAUUAUUAUCACCAAGAAGCAACAUGACUACUGUCUAGUUACACAACAUUAAAACAUGCACUCAGUGACUUCCUGUUCAGUGCAAAGUAAGCUUUGAAAUAAAAGCUUAGGCAGUAUUAACCUGGGUUUAGCAACUAACACCAU